GAGGGGAGGGACAGAGAGACUGAGAGGAGGCAAGACCAGGAGGCAGAGAUACCCUUCCCCUUUAGCUCGGACUGUAGGCUGUCUUUGUGGCCAGUUAACCUGUAAUUCGGUUAGUUGGCAAGCCAGGCCGUCACUUGGCAGGGAUGGGUGAUCCAGCGACCCUGGUCGAGUCCGUCACAACUCCUGUUGUCACGGCAAUCCCCACGGUGAUAGCUGGGGAAAUGCAAGAUGUCAAUAAAGCCCAGUCAGCCAACAAGAAUGGGAAGAAGGCAGACUCUGGGUCCAGCAGCGGCAGCUUCUUCACCUGGUUCAUUGUCCUGGCCCUGCUGGGUGUCUGGACAUCUGUAGCCGUGGUUUACUUUGACCUGGUCGACUAUCAGGGAGUCGUUGACAAGGCUAAGGGCUUACAAAUUAACCUGUCUGAGGCCUUGCAAGGUAAACUGGUGGCAUACGAUACAGAUGGAGAUGGUGAUUUUGAUGUCGAGGAUGCUAAAGUUCUGCUAGGACUGAAAGAGAAGGCUGUUGUCGUCACUUCCCGUAAAGAAGAAGCCGCUGCCCCAGUGGAGACUCCUGUCGCUGAACCUACACCAGAAGCUGUUAUUGAGCCUGAGCCUGAACCUGUGGAAGAUGUGAUUGAAGCUGCUGUAGCAGAGGACACUUCUGCCCCUCCUCCAGAGCCUGAACCUGAGGUAGCAGCUGAGCCUGAGGCGGAGCCAGAACCAGAGCCCGAGCCAGAACCAGAGCCAGAGCCUGAACCCGAGCUCGUGGAGACUCCUGAGGUGAUUGAGGAGGAUCCAGAGGUGCUGGAGGAGGAGCCUCCUGCUGUGGAAGAGGAUGCCCCUGUGGAGGAGGCUGUUCCAGUCGAGGAGGUUGCAGAGAUGAUGGCAGACCAGUCUGAAGAGGAGGCAGCGACUGAAGAGGAAACUGCAACAGAGCAGGCUGUGGAGGAGGAGGAGGAGGAGGAGGAGGAGGAGGCUGCCGGCGAGGCUGUGGAGGAAUUUGUAGCGGAGGUGGAGGCUGCAGUGGAGGAAGAUGAGGAGACUGCGGAGGACGUUUUAGCAGAGGUGGAGGAUGCAUUGGAGGAAGUCGAGGAGGCUGCCGACGAGGCCGUGGGAGAGCCUGCUGCAGUGGAGGAGACAGAGGAGGCUGCUGCUGAAGAGGUGGCAUCGGAUGCUUUUACUGUAGAGGAAGAGGAAGCUGCUCCUACAGAAGAAGCUGUUGAGGAGCCCGCUGAAGAGGAGGCAGCACCUUCAGAAGAAACAGUCGAAGAGGUAGCGCAAGAAGAGGAGGCCGCACCUUCAGAGGAACCUGCUGAAGAGGAGGCCGCACCUUCAGAGGAACCUGCUGAAGAGGAGGCCGCACCUUCAGAGGAACCUGCUGAAGAGGAGGCCGCACCUUCAGAGGAACCUGCUGAAGAGGAGGCAGCUCCAACAGAAGAAUCUGUGCAGGAGGAUACAGAAGAAGAGGAGGCAGCACCUUCAGAAGAAGCUGUUGAGGAGUUAGUGCAAGAAGAGGAAGCAGCUCCCUCAGAAGAAGCUGAGGAGGAGGCUGCUGAAGAGGAGGAGGCUGUAGAAGAGGAAACCGCUCCUUCAGAAGAGGCAGUGGAUGAGGCUGAUGAAGAGGAGGCAGCUCCCUCAGAAGAGGCAGUGGAGGAGGCUGUAGAAGAGGAAGCAGCACCUUCAGAAGAAGCUGAGGAGGAAGCUGCUGAGGAGGAGGAGGCAGCUCCCUCAGAAGAGGCAGUGGAGGAGGUUGCAGAGACGGAGGCUACUCCAGAAGAAGUUGUAGUGGAGGAGCAAACGGUACCAGCAAAGGAGACUGAAGAAGUGGCACACGAAGCGGAGGACGCAGCAGCAGAAGCAGCAGAGGAACCGAUUGAGGAUGAGCCCACAGAAACGUAAAGGCUGCGGCGGUCGUCGUGGUGACGGAGCAGGGACCCAACUGACCUUGCAUCAGCACCAUCUGAGCGUGCUCAGAGCGAUGAUGCACCCCUCCACCUCCAGAGAAACAACAGUCGUUACGACUACACUCUCUCUCCCCAUCUGCCCCCUUUCUGUUUUCCCACCUUCCUUUUUCAAAUUUUUUCUUUUGGUGUAAACGUGAGAUGAUGGAUAACUUCUUUACUAAUAUGGUACUCUCUGUUUUUACCCUUCUCGUUUUUUUUUUCUUCUUUCAAUCAGCGUUCUUAAAGCGCCCAUUUCCAGUUUAGUUCGGGGUGCUUCAGUUCCGUGUGACUGGCCAUGUGAAAGCCGUGUGUGUUCCCCUUACAGCCGGUCUGCUGGCGUCUGGAACGUUAAACCGCUGAUGGUCUGGCUUCCUGGAGCUGAUUCGGUUUAGUAAACGGAGACCAAAGUUGACAGCCGAGCCGUCGGCGGACAGUUUGAAAUCAGUCUGAGUUCGAAGACUCGGACUGCAGAUUUUCUCCACUCUGGGCCUUUUUUUAUUUUAUUUUAUUUUUUUUAAAUCCGCUUGACGGAGAGUAACGCAAUAUAAUUUAAAUUUAGGUCAUUUAAAUCCAAGCGAAAUGUUAUUUUCUGCCCCUCUCAGUUCAGAAUUUCGAAGCCCAUCU